AUGGACGCGGUGGUUGAGCAAGAGCAGUCAGCCACAUACGAAGGCGAACUCCGGCAACAGAACGCGGAAGUCACGGCUCAGAAGGAGGUCAAGGCGGAAGUCAAAACGGAUGCGACGGCUAAGAAGUCCGCGUCUUUCCCGGCUGGGAGCAAAGCCCGCGCCGAUGAGGUCAAGGCAAAGGCUGAUGUUUCACGGUCGGAUAAGCUUUGA